AUGUGGGACUAUGGUAACGUGUACGGCUUUGUGAAUUACGCGUUCACGCUUGUGGCGACGGUGCUCAUCCAUCAGGCUCCGAAAGGGAGCGCGCCCCUGCUGUUUGCUGGCCGGGAGGACGAUGACAGCAUUAAGUUCGUGGGGCUGGCGUACACGGCGGAGAUGAAGUGGGAGACGGUCUUCAACGGCACGGCGGCCGCACCCAACGGCAGUUGGGAGCCGGGGAAGCACUACCAAGUGGCGCUCGUGCUGCAGGGCAACAAGGGCUCCGUGUACGUGGACGGCGAGCUCGUGGGGAGCUCCGAAGCGCUGCCAACACUCGAGGCACGGAAUUACGAAAUCUCACACUUCUACUUUGGAGCUGGCGAGGGUGGCAGGGUGGCGGUGACGGACGUCUUGUUGUACAACCGCCCACUGAGUGCCACUGAACCCAAAUUGGAAAACGACACAUCUGAUAGCGGUUCAGAUGACUCGAGUGAAGCGGACAGCUCCAUGCGUGCGGAUGUGUCUCGGGUGCUGCUACUCCUGCUGCUGCUGGGGCUAUGGGGCUUUGCGGCCCUCUCCUGA